CCUGCUCCCUCCCUCCCUCCCUCCCUCCCUCACACACACACACACCCUCUAAAUGAGCAGAGCCAGAAAAGAACCUCUUCAGUCUCAGAGGCAGGACCAAGAGUAGUGUCUCCUGCAGGUGUCAACAUGUCGGACCGUUUCACCUGUUUUUAUUGCCGUGAUGAUCUGAGUGGGAAGAAAUAUGUGCAGAAGGAUGACAAGCCGGUGUGUGUGCGCUGCUUUGACAAGUUCUGUGCCAACAACUGUGCAGAGUGUCGUCAUCCAAUCAGCACAGACUCAAAGGAGCUGCACUAUAAGGGUCGUUACUGGCAUAAGGAUUGUUUCCGAUGCUCCAAAUGUUAUAAGAAUUUAGCAAAAGAGUCAUUCAGUGCGAAGGAUGACCGGAUCCUGUGUGGGAAGUGCAGCUCACGUGAGGACGCACCACGCUGCCACGCCUGUUACAAACCCAUCCUAGCAGGUACAGAGAGUGUGGAUUACAAAGGCAACGUCUUUCAUGAUGAGUGUUUCACGUGUUUUAAGUGUAAGAAGCCGAUUGGCUCUGAGAGCUUCAUCACUAAAAAUGAGAACGUUUACUGCAGCAGCUGCCAUGAGAGCAAAUUCGCCAAACAUUGUACUGCCUGUAGGAAGCCCAUCACAGCAGGUGGAGUGAACUAUCAGGACCAGCCGUGGCACUCAGAGUGUUUGGUGUGUGUGGUGUGUGUGAAGCCACUGGCCGGAUCUCGCUUCACCUCUCAUGAGCAGAAACUCUACUGCGUCGACUGCUACAAAACACACGUGGCCAAGAAGUGCAGCAGCUGCCAGAACCCCAUCACUGGUUUUGGAAAAGCGGCUAACGUGGUGAACUAUGAGGGAGGAACGUGGCACGAUUACUGCUUCACCUGCAGGAAGUGUUCAGUAAACCUCGCUGACAAACGCUUCGUCUCCAAGGAUGGAAACAUCUACUGCACCGACUGUGCCAAAAAAAUAUAGAGACACAAAAAAGACAAAUUCUAUAAGCAUAAAAUAUGAUGCAUAUAAUGAUGUGUGGUUUUUGAAGUCUUAUUUAGCUGUAAGUUUCUCACUGCAGGAGCAGAGCACAGGAGCAGGAGCUAAUGCUGAACACCAACAAUUAACACGGCAGUUCAUUCUGCUGAGUCAGAGAUAGCUUACAUCUGUAUAUCCAUGUGUGUGUGUGUGUGUGUGUGUCAUAUUAUAAAUGAUAUAAAUUCCACAGACAUAUUUACAUUGAGACUGAAACUGAAGUGUAACUCUGAUGAGUAAAUAAAUGAGAUCAGAGAC